CAGCAGAGUAGCACCACCGAGACAGCGUGACUUCGAGGAAGCAAUGCCUUCUCACCCUCGCGGGACGGCGCCACAGCAGUGCACGGCUCUCGCCAGCGGGGUGGGUUUUGUUUCGCGGUCAACAGCGGGCGAACGCGCUUCGGGCAACACGUUGCUCCUUGUUCACCCCGCCGCCGGCCGCGGCCUCCAACAGCAGCAGCAACCACGACGUCGUCAUGUACGAUCGCGCCCCCGAGGCUUCACCUCUUCGUUUCUCACGCUCACAAACCGAUCGACAAUGAACCGCCCUCAUCAUUGCCUCAGAGACGGCAACCUUGAUGGUAGCGGUGCAUGGCGCGGUGUGUGUGGGGCUUUGCGGACGGCAGCUUCUCCCACCACAACAGUCGAUGUUAUCGAUGCUGCAGCUGCUACUGGCGUGGAGCGGCUAGGGGUGGAAGGAGAACAAAGGGAGAGGAUAAGCGCUGGGGGUAGCGCUGCUGCGGUCUCUGACGGGGUCGGCGAAUCGCCAGCCGGGGUGACCGCUGGCUCUUCGACCACGGAUGCCAACAUGCAGAAUAGCGGCACCCGCAUCGACGAGCGCUCGCGACGGAAGCUCCCAGCGCCGGAUACGCCGGCCCGCUUGGUCGUGGAGGCGAAGAAGUCGACCAGCGCAGCGGCGGCCUUCAUGCGACGCAUGACCGAAGCCGGGAAGAGGGGCAGGUGGCGCGACGUCGUGCCUGCUCUGGAGGAGAUGCUCAAUCUCGGCCUAGUUACCGACGGCCGCCCAUAUACGGUCGCCAUCAAGGCCCUCGGCGACAACGGGAAGGCAGCGGAGGCCUUGAAGCUCCUUGAGAGCAUGCGUGACGGAAGGAUCCCGCCAAACGAGUUUUCCUACACCGCGGCGGCCAGCGCCUGCGCGAAGACCGGAGACUGGAAGGGGGCGCUGAGGCUACUGGGGCAGAUGAGAGAGCAGGAUGGGCUGGAGCCGAACGAGUUCACCUACACAGCGGCGGUGACGGCCUGCGGCCGCGGCGGAAACCUCGAGGCGGCGUUGUCCCUGCUCGACGGCAUGAGGGGAAAGGGCGUAUCCCCGAACUGCUUCACGUACAACAGCGCCAUUCACGCCUGCGCGAGAAAGGCGAGGCAAGUGGAAGCUGGCACUGGAGCUGAUUGAGAGGAUGAAGGCGGACGGGGUGACGCCGAAUCUCACGACGUACUCCAGCGCCGCCGACGCGUGUGCUAAGGGAGGCAAUUGCACCGCUGCUCUCAAGAUACUCGAGGAAGUCCGCAGCCUCGAUUUCGAAGUCGGAGAGAUCUUGUACAAUUCGGUAAUGGAGGCGUGUGCCGCCGUGGGGCAGACGAAACUGUCGCUUUCACUUCUUGAGACGAUGCGGAAGGACGGCGUGAAGCCGAGCCCGGCGACGUACACGACGGCGAUAACUGCGUGCGGCCGAACCGCGGACUGGAAGCGAGCUCUGCUGCUGCUGGUGGAGAUGAGGAAGUCGUUUCCCUCCCGCGCUCUCGACGUCAACCGGACCGUGGCAGCUGCUGCUGCUGCGGCGGCGGCAGCAGCGGGCCAGCGUGAAGGGGAGGUGGUAGGAAGUGGCAACAACGACAGCCACACCAGCAGCAGCGAUGGUGGUGGCGAUGGUCGUAGUAUCGGUGGUGCUGAAGGCGUUGAAGGCGUUGGCUCUGAAGGCGUUGGCUCUAGUCGUGAUGAUGAGAGUGGCGGCACCGACGACACUAGCAAGAAGGGCCCCGAUUGGUGGGGAAAAGGGAACGUCCAGGAGGUGAUGGGCACCGCCGGUGGAUCAAGGCGGCGGGCCGGGAGAAGGCCUCCAUCGUUAGAUCCCUCAUCAAAUGUGCCAACAGCACCAGUCGCAGCCACAACAACAACAACAUCAGCACCACCACUAGCCGCAGGCGGGGGCAGGAGCAAUACAGGGCGCAGAAUAAGGGG